AUGGUUGUUUUGACUGUAGUACUAGCACUCUUUCAUCCACCAUUCUCUAACACCAUAGAGCUUAAAAAGUCACAAUCUUCUGCUGUAUUCUGGAGUUUCACCUUCAAUCUGUGGCAGUUUGGGAGUCAAAAAAGAAAUUAUAUAGCUAUACUGACCAGAAAGCAAGCUCUAAUGGCAGACAAUAACUCUCUACCCUCCCCGGCAGAGAAAUACACAAAACCCAAUUCGUCUUUCUUCACUUCUCCGAGAUUGUUCACUAGUUUCACCUCAAAAGGUUAUUCUGAAACCGACGCUGUAAUGAGCCCAACUUCCAUACUCGAAACCAAGCCAUUCUUUGGUCUAAGAAACCCCUUCUGGUCUGAAUCAAACACCCCAAGAACUCCAGAACCUGAAACCAAACGCCCAUGGGACAAAUUGGACCCCAAAGGCAUUGGCCUUGCCAUUGUUGAUGCUCUCAAUGAUGAUGGCUCUAAUCCAAAACCAUCAAAACCCGAAAGCCGGAUGGUUAUUUUUGGGUCACAGCUUAAGAUUCAAAUCCCUCCUCUGCAGCCCUCUGUUCUCUCACCUUCUGAUUCACCAAAAUCUGCAGCUGAUUUCAGCAUCAGGACCAAGAAUUCUCAAUUGGGUUCUUUCUCCUCUGUCUCAUCUGAGUCCCCAGCUAAGAAUUCCCCAUUUAAAUCUGCGAAUUCAGGCGUUGAGACCAUGAAUUCGGCUCGGGUUUUCCGAAGCUGUCUCUCUGUUAGUGAAAUGGAGCUCUCUGAAGAUUAUACUUGUGUGAUUUCCCAUGGUCCAAACCCAAAAACCACUCAUAUCUUUGACAAUUGCAUUGUGGAGAGCUCUGAGGGUGUACCUGAAUUUUCUCCAGGCGGGAAGGUAAAUGGUUCAAGCUAUCUGUCUGAGAGUUUCCUCAGUUUCUGUGACAAUUGCAAGAAGAAUCUCGGGCCGGGCAAAGAUAUUUUCAUGUACAGAGGUGAGAAGGCCUUCUGCAGCCGUGAAUGUCGUUACCAGGAGAUGUUGUUGGAGGAGGAGGGAGUGGAUAAACUGUGA